UUGGAAACGCUUCACCCUUUCCAGCGCCGCCGCGCACAAGCGGAGCCGGGCCGGGCCGGGCCGUUAAUGAGACCGCGCUGGAACCGGAGCCACGCAGUCGAGGCCGCAGUGAGUCCUGACUGGCGGCCUCUCCACACAGGUUGGCUGUCAGCUAAAGUUAUUAAAUGAGGAUGUAGUGAAUAAGGAAGACUUCCAAGCACGGUAUUGAGAAAGAUGCCUGCAGGUGAAAGUGAGGCUAAGGCAAAGACCAAGGCUCAGUUUGAAGAAGCCUUUAGAAGCUAUUCUACUUUAGCUGCUGAAAAAAAGAAAUCAAAAAAGAAAAGUUUGCCUUCCCAAGAGAGUAUUGUGCUUGAAACAUUAAGGAAUAAAUUGGAUCUCCAUAAAGAAAAUGAAGAUGAAACUAUUUUAAAUAAUACAUAUAAUCCAGAAGAACACAGUCCCCGCUUCUCAAAAAACAAAUUGAAUGCUAGGAUCUCUGUUACAGAAAAAGUUAACAACAAUGCGCUCCACGAAGAUGAAAAACCCAGCAAACGAAAGAAAAAGAAAAAGAAAUCGACAAUCAAUGAAGAAUCAUUUGAUGUGGAACAUUUGUGGAAAGGCUCUGGCUCAAAAUCUGUUAUGCCUGUACAAAAAUCUGACAAAAAGAAGUUGAAAGAAGAGAGCCUAGUUGAUAAUAUGGUCAGGAGCAAUUUAGCAGAUGAUGUGGAUUCAUUAAUCAAAGCCUAUCAGCAACAGGUAGCUGACAGGGAUGCUGUCGACAGUAAAAAAACAAGACAAAAAAUCAAGGAGCGUUCUUUGGAAACAAUUUCUCGUGUAUCUUCAAUACUAACCAGCAAAUUGGAAAAGAAGAAAAAAACAUUAUUGAGAAAUGAGGGGGAAACAAGUGAAAUGCACAUUUCAGAACUGCAAGGUAAUCGUGAUGAAACUAAUGAUAUGGGGGAAAAAAGUGCUCGCAGAAGAUUGAUACCUGACUUGGAGAUUAAUGAUGAAGAAAAACAGAAGCAGGGGGAGAAAGAGAUUCAACAAAUAACUAAAAGGAAGAAAACCAAGAAAACUAAAGUGAAAAAAUUGGAGAUGGAGGAAGACGAAGAAAUAGGUGCAACAGUGGAUGAUGAACUUGAGCAGACAAAAUCAAAUAAAAUUGCUGAUGAUAAUCUAGUUCUUGGAGUAAACAUCCAUAGAGCAGACCUGUUAAAAACAGAUAUUAUGACAUCACACCCUUCAGUGAAGGUUCACGUAAUUAACGAAGAGACUGGUCAAUAUGUCAGGAAAGAACACAGCAAUCGACAUGUCACAUCAUAUUAUGAGCAAGACAAUGUGGAACACAUCCUUCCGAUCAUGACCCAACCUUAUGAUUUUAGGAAAAACAAAUCAACAAUUCCAGUGUGGGAGGAACAACUUGUCUUCAAUGAGCGAUUUGGUUACUUCCUGAAAGAAUCCAUAAAUUCGCCUAGUACUCUUAUAAUCUUUGAGAUCCUUGAGUUUGUAAGUAUGGAUGAAGCCAAAGGCAACUUCACAACUCAAAGUAGUGAAGGUGGUUGGCGCAAGAUUGCUUGGGCUUUUCUAAAGCUGGUGGGUGCGAAUGGGGUGCUGAAUAUUGAUGGAAAACUCCGCCUGCAGUUGUAUUAUCCACCUUUGAAAGUCAAAAAGCUAUCAAAUUCCAUUGAAGUAUUUGAAUGGUGGAAGAAACGGCCAUGGGACCAUUAUCCUUCAACUUUGUAUGUUACAGUGAAAGGCUUAAGACUACCUCAAAAUGUAAAUCCUUCUGUACGUUCCAUGAUGGCUUUACAGCAAGAGCAAGGUACUAUUUCAUUCAAUGAGCUCCAGUCUGAGUUGACACGGGCAAGCAUUUCGUCAAAUCUUGAUAUAGAGAAGUUGGAACUUUUGAAUUGGACCAGACUACCCGGGCAGGUAUGUCGUAUUCCUAACCAGCUUUUACUGUCAUUUCGAGGAGGACGUGUCGGCUGCUUCUUUAUAACAUUUUCACAUGAUGGAAGAAGCUUGGCAGCAUCGUGUGCUGACAGAAAUGGCCAUUUCAUUGUAGUGUAUGAAAUUCCUUCAGGACGUCCACUUGGAGAAUUUAAUGGGCAUUUCAGCAUUGUGUAUUCUCUGUGCUGGUCGAAUAAUGAUAAAACCCUCCUCUCUGCAUCAUCUGAUGGUACAGUAAGGGUUUGGAAUACAGAAACUUACCAGAACCCAGCUGAGAAAAUGCUUCCACACCCUUCAUUUAUCUACACCGCGAAAUAUCAUCCAUUAGCCCAGUACCUGGUAGUUACAGGAGGCUACGAUUGUAUCAUACGCGUUUGGAAUAUAAAUGUGAAUGAAAUAAAUGGUCAGCUACUCCAGGAACUUGAUGGUCACAAGAGCUUCAUUAAUACACUUUGCUUUGAUGCUGAAGGGUUACGUAUGUUCUCGGGGGACAGUUCAGGGAUGGUAAUUGUUUGGAGCACAUCUGUAAAUGAAGGUUCACCGGAAAAUCCAGUUCAGCAGUGGAGUAUUGACACGAACAUAUUGCAAAAUGACCUGAAAGGUAUUCCUAUAAAUCACUUGGAACUUCAUCCAAAUGGCAGACGCUUGUUAAUCCAUGCCAGGGACAGCACUUUGAGAGUGAUGGAUCUAAGAGUGCUAGCUGCAAAGAAGUACACGGGGGCUACAAAUUAUUGUGAACAUAUCUACAGUACAUUCACACCAUGUGGGACCUUCCUUUUCUCAGGCAGUGAAGAUGGAAUUUGUUACGUUUGGAAUACAGAUACAGGAGACCAAGUGGCGAUGUAUUCUGAUCUGAAUUAUACAUCAGCUGUCCGAUGUGUAGCCUUUCAUCCCCAUGAACACAUGGUGGCUUUUUGUGCCUUUGGACCAAAUCAACCUAUACUUGUCUUUUUUUAUGAUCAGCAAGUUGCUCAGAUGGAAGCUGAAAGUUUGAAAAAUGUCAGUAGAGCAAAUUUAAAAUCUACAACUACAUCUACACCAAAAGGACCCAAGAUUCUUAGCAGCAGUUUUGAUGGUGGGACUUCAUAUGAUGCCUCUCUUUCUUCAUUUCAUCAUACAUCCAGGAUGUCCAUGAAAAUGCAAAAAGUCAGGGAAAGACUGGAUUCUGUUUUGGACUCAGUACAACAAAGUACCUCAGAAAUGGACCACUAUCUAGUUCAACAAGAUUUGGCUCCCAUGAUGUCCUUGGAUAUGAAGCAGGAUUCCAAUUUUAGUUCAACAGGGAAUACCUAUCUUAAUAGUGCCAGGCCAAAACACACUCUUCCUGCACCAUCAUUGCUGUCACCACACUCUAAACUGAGGCUCCCAAAUACUGUGGGUGCUCAGCUAUUAUCACAGCAGCCGCCAACUUCACAGAUUGGAGGAUUCAGUCCUGUGGGGCAUCGUUUUAUUAGACCACCUUCUGUCAAGCUUGAGAUGACUAAUGCAAAUCCUUCAAUAUCGUCAAUCAAAGUAGAAGCUGAUUCUAAUGCACCAGUUGAAGAAACUGUUGUAGCUCUUUAUGACUACACAGCGCAUCGAUCAGAUGAGCUAACCAUCCAGCGUUAUGACAUUAUCCAAGUGCUGUACAAAGAUAAUGUGAACUGGUGGUUUGGUCGCUUAGCCAAUGGAACACAGGGCUACUUUCCAGCAAAUUAUGUAGCUAAUGAAAGGAUACAUGAAGAAAUACAGCCACAGCAACAGGGCAACAAUCCUCCUUUAGUAACUGAAGAUGAAGAGGCAGAAGUGAAAUCCCCAACACCCACCAAGAUGUCAGCAGUCAUCAGCAGGUCAGGGGAACUCAAGCUGAUCUCAGAGCAUGACACAGAUACAGAGUCACCUGUGAAACCUGCAUCACACAGAAAGAAAAAAAAGAAAUUGGCAAAACCAUUGGAUGUGACAAUACUGGAGUCCAAUGUAAUGUUUGCUGAAGAUGAUCAUAAGAUUGAUGCAAAGACUGCAAGAAAGAAAAAAAGAUCUCUAAGAAACAAAAGUACAAGUGGUGAAAGUAAUGGUGCUUUUAAGCUGGACUAGAACACCUUUUCAACUUGUCUGUGGUAUCUGUAGAUAGUUGAAAAAAACAGUAAUGUAGACAAUUGCAAUGGAUAUGCCCAUUGUUUAGAGAAUGCUGCAAUAGUUUUUUUCACAACACAAAAAACUAGUUGGUUGGUUUUAUAAAUAUAUCAGCUAAAAGUGUUUAAAUAAUUUAUAAAAAGUAAAUAUUUCUUCCAAUCAUAUGAGUUUGAAAAAAAGUUGAACAACUCACCACUUUGAGAUUUAUGGGAAAGUUUGAUUAUUUUAAUUGAAGUAAUUGAACUUUACUGGGUCUUAUGCUUACUUCAGCUGUAGUGAAAUUGCCAACUAGGAAUUAAUUAUAUUUAAAUAAGACGUUACUAAAGUGAGAUUAAUGUUUGUUAUAGUUAUUAUAUUUAAUUAAGCCUUUGUUACCAAACAUGUCUUUUUUUAUUUUAAUAUUUUUGUUUUAGGUUGCAGUACAUCUGUCUGUUUCUGUUAUUUAAUGAAGAUCUUCACUAUACUUAAAUUCCAGAUUAUUGUAAUACAGGGAACUCAUUGGUUAUAGUGUAAUGUAUCUAAACAGAUGUUCUAUCAACAGAGCCAAGAGGACAAAUGUAUGGAAACCUGAGGCAGAUUUUCUAUCUGUCAAGUUUGAUGUCAGAUCUCAUUAUUCUUAUUUUAGAAGAUAUGGCUGAUUUUCUAGUUAGCCAAAUGAAUCUAUGUUAAAAGAAAACAUUUAUUUAAAAUAUGCAGUGCUUAAAAAUACUUAGUCAUCAACAAGAAUUAACUUUUCAAAAGCUUGGUAUCUACACUACUAGUAUUGAAAAGUUUGUAACUGUUGUAUAUAAUCAAUUUCAGAAUUUUGUUUUAUUUUGAUGUUACUGUUGGUGAAAUGAUGCCAUUUUAGCCUUAAUCGUCAGCAAAAAAAAUCUGUCACAUUGGUAGACUUGGAUUUUUUAUAACACUACAUUUUAGCUUAUUAAUUUUUGUAUUCACAAAUUUUUGGAAUGUUUUUGGCUACCUUGCAAAGUAGAAGAUGAAUAUAAUUUCAGCAAUAAAUUUAUUAUAAACGA